AUGGUUCCUUCGCUCCCUGCGCGCCGGAGUGGGCGUGGGUAUCGUGGCACCCUGACAGCUGCAUGCUUGAGCGCGGCUGCGUUCACCUCGCGGCUUCCCAAUGUGGCGUUUUGUAGCGGCUUGCCUUUUGCGGCCGCUAUGUCUGCAGAACCCUCGAUACCUCGCAAUGCCCACGACAUCUCGUCCAUCAUGGAGGGUGCCAUGGAGAGUGCCGAGUACUCCGGAGCAGUGGCAGCGAUGAGCGACAUCAUGGCUAAUGCAGAGGAGGAUGCUCGCGAAUUUGUGAAUGAGAAG